GCUCUUUUUCCAACGCUGGAAAUUCAAAGAAGACGAAGUGAGCGAAACUCAAACAAGUCAUUUGGAGUUUUUUUCCGUCAACAAAGUGUGGUGUUUUUUCUUUCUCCAUUUGGUUGCUCACACUUCGAGUAUAUCUGCGUCGUACCGUCCACAAACCCGCUGUCCCAUCACAGUAAGCGUACAACCGGGCACUCUGGAUACCGAGAAGCUACUUAAAGUGGAGGGUUAGCGUCAGGCUAACCACGCUAACGUUACUAAUGAGUGCCGGCAGGUUAAUAACUUCUAAAAGCUGCCGGUGCAAAGCCUCGGUGAACCGGAGUAAGGAGCACCCAGCUCCUAGAGGGGCCAACCGGGUGCUGGCCGGCAGAAACCCGGCGGUGGUGGCGGUGGGAGCCUGGGUGGAGCCCGGACAAGACUUCGUUCAGCACCCGUCGGCCCUGGCUUUGCUUACUGAGGAGAUCCAGGCAGAAAAGAGGAGGGAAGCCGAAGAAAGUCUUCAACGAUUUCAAGAUGAAGUUCGCCAUCGUGUGGCACAGAAAGCUCAAGACAUCAAGAAGAGACGGCAGCGUCAGACAGACUCCGAGCUGAAACCUCACAGAAGAAUCCUACAACAGCAGCAUCAGGUCUGGACUCAGCAUGUGUCUGCUGGCGAGAGGCUGAUGUCUGCGGGAGGUGCUACACAACAAAGGGUGACUGAUAAAAGCUCUCAACAGUCUAACGGAGGCAUGAGGCAGGUCAGACUCAGACUCGCUGCCUGUCGGAUCAUCCCGCAUGAGGAAAUUGCGUCAGAGCUUUCCGGAGGCGAAUGGAACAUCUCCUCAACCAGACAUACUGGAACUCACCUGCUGAGAGCAGAACAAGAGGUGGAAGAGCAGGAGUUUGAAGAGGAAGAGUAUGAAGAGGAAGAGGGGAAUGAUCAUAUCUUCACUAGUCAACACGAAUGUCCCCUCGUUCAGCAGAAGAUGAGUGGACCUAUGAUGUGGGAUUCUGAGGAGCCACAGCCUCCUGCUUUCAAGUCCGGCGUCGGAGUCCCACAGGCCCUGUGGCCUCUUAUUGACCAAGGAGAACUGAAAAGACAGCGUCAGUCUCAGUUCCUGAUGCACCGACGUGUGUACAUGAACAUUGAGAGAGAGCAAGUGAAGGAGAACAAACAGAACAGGAAACACCUGAAGAGGACGAGAAGCAUCAAAGCUGAGAAAGAACAGGUUCGUCUGGAGGAAGAGAGGAAGUUGGAGAGAGAUCGGCGGCUGGCUGAAGCCAAGCGCAAGCUGGAGGAGAGGGAGCUGCUGAUCCUGGAGCGUCUGAAGCUCGAGGAGGAGGAGAGAGAUGUGCUUCUGCAGAGUAGGAGAAGAGAGGAGAAAGGGAAAGUAGCUGUGAGGUUCAUUGAUGCUCUCAGAGCUCAGAUGAAGGAGCGACUGUCUCAGGAGAAGCUGGAGCCUCCUCCUCUCUGCUGCUGCGCGUCGUCUUUCUGGGACUCGCACCCCGACACCUGCGCUAACAACUGCGUGUUCCACAACAAUCCCAAAGCGUACGCCAAGGCGUUACAGUCAACAAUGCUGAAUUUGGAGUUGCACUAAAGGCAGCUGAAGGAGUGAAACAAACAUCAAACAAAGUCGGAUGAGAAGACUGGUGUCAGUUUUAUCUCUGUCCAUAAUUUGUGUACAUGUAGAAGACAUGACUUGCCGGACCUUUACGCAACGGACUGAGGUUUGGUGGAGCAUUUUGGAAAGACAUUGAUGAUUCCUAGAUUAUGUAUUUGAAAGACUGGUGAUCCACUAACUUUGCCUCUGGAUUUUUUCCUCUAAUGCCAACAGUACUGAUGACAACCGAUACUGUAAGAAUCACAUGACUUUAUUUAUAGAUAAAUGCUGAUUAAUUUACUGAUGUUCAUCUCAAAUCGUAUUUGUUUUGAUGAGGAUCUAAACUCAUCUACAGGUUGGAGAAUGGCUAUAUAUAAUAAUAAUAAUAAUAAUAAUAAUAAUAAUAAAACUGACGGGGAACAUUUCUUUUUUUAGCAGAAGUUGACUUUGGCCAGAAGAAGAACUCAAAUCUGUUACUUUAGUCCAAAUGUAACAGCAUUCAUUAAUAUAAUGUUGCAGCUGGUAAAAGUGAAAAUCAUUUUAAUUAGUGUAUAUACAACAGAGUAGAUUGAUCCACAAUAACGCAUCUUAAUAUUAAUAUAUUAUGGUUAAGAUUUAUUUUACAUGAAUCUAACUUGAAAGUAAUCAAGCGGUCAGAUAAAUUAAGUAAA